UAAGAAAGGCUAGCAGCGCUGUUACUUCAGUAUAUAUAUAUGUGUAUGCUCCUGUUAUCCGAGAAAGCCAGCAGCAUCACAGCAAAGAGAGCCAAUGGCCUUUCGGAAAGCAGUAAAGGGGACCCUGAUAGGGAGUGGAGCAAUAGCCACAGCAUUUGGCCUAUCACAGUUCAUCGAAUACAGAAGGAGUAAGGCUCGUUUGGCCUACGUCGAGGCGCAGGGCUCGUUGACGAUGAAGUUUGAAGACGGUCUGCCGAACCGUCAGGAACAACUCACUACACUGCAGAACACACCGGAGUUCGAUGUCUUAGUCAUCGGAGGCGGCGCUACUGGAUCAGGAUGUGCCUUAGAUGCAGUCACACGCAAUCUGAAGACGGCGCUGGUGGAGAGGAGCGAUUUCUCAUCGGGGACUAGCAGCAGAAGCACCAAGCUCAUCCACGGAGGGGUGCGCUAUCUGCAGAAGGCCAUCAUGAAGCUGGAUUAUGAACAGUACAUGAUGGUGAAAGAGGCUCUACAUGAGCGUGCUAACCUGCUGGAGAUUGCUCCUCACCUGUCGGCACCACUACCCAUCAUGCUUCCAGUCUACAAGUGGUGGCAGCUUCCGUAUUACUGGGCUGGAAUAAAGAUGUACGAUCUGGUGGCCGGCACACACUGCUUAAAAAGUAGCUAUGUCCUGAGCAAGAGCAAAGCUUUGGAGUUCUUUCCCAUGCUGAAGAAGGAUAAGCUGGUCGGAGCCAUCGUCUACUACGAUGGCCAGCACAAUGACUCCCGUAUGAACUUAGCCAUUGCUCUGACUGCGGCUCGCUACGGAGCAGCCACUGCUAACUACACUGAGGUGGUGCAUCUGCUAAAGAAGACAGAUCCAGUCACAGGGAAGGAGAAGGUGUGCGGGGCACACUGUCGAGACACAAUUACAGGCAAGGAGUUUGACGUCCGUGCCAAGUGUGUGAUCAAUGCCACGGGUCCCUUUACUGACUCCAUACGCAAAAUGGACAAUGGGAAAACACCCAAGAUCUGCCAGCCAAGCGCUGGAGUUCACAUCGUCAUUCCUGGAUACUACAGCCCAGACAACAUGGGGUUGCUGGACCCGGCCACCAGUGAUGGGCGUGUCAUCUUUUUCCUGCCCUGGGAGAAAGUGACAAUCGCUGGGACAACAGACACACCCACCACUGUUACAGCCCACCCUAUUCCAAUGGAAGAGGAUAUCAACUUCAUCCUGAGUGAGGUCCGCAACUACCUCAGCUCUGAUGUGGAAGUGCGAAGGGGAGAUGUCCUGGCAGCCUGGAGCGGCAUUCGUCCACUGGUCACUGACCCUAACUCCAAAGACACGCAGUCCAUCUGCCGCAACCAUGUCGUCAACAUCAGCGACAGCGGGCUGGUCACCAUCGCUGGUGGUAAAUGGACCACAUAUCGGUCAAUGGCUGAGGAAACUCUGGAUGCUGCCAUAAAGGAACACAAGCUUUCAGCUGGGCCUAGCAGAACUGUGGGACUGAUGCUGGAAGGGGGGAAAGACUGGACCCCCACCCUCUACAUUAGACUGGUUCAGGACUAUGGUCUGGAGAAUGAGGUUGCCCAGCACUUAGCAGCCACCUAUGGAGGGAGGUCAUUUGAAGUUGCAAAGAUGGCCCAGGUCACAGGAAAGAGGUGGCCCAUAGUGGGGAAACGCCUUGUUUCUGAAUUCCCCUACAUUGAAAGUGAGGUGAGAUAUGGUAUUAAGGAGUAUGCCUGCACAGCCAUUGACAUGAUUGCCCGAAGGACACGGCUGGGUUUUCUAAACGUCCAGGCUGCAGAUGAAGCUCUGCCACGAGUCGUUGACAUCAUGGCAAAAGAACUGGGCUGGAGCGAGCAGAAAAAAAAGGAGGAGCUGGAGGCAGCCAAGACAUUUCUGUACCAGGAGAUGGGUUACAAAGCUCGCUCCGAACAGCUCACCAAGACUUCCGAGAUCUCACUUAAUGCUGAUCAAGUGGCCAGAUAUAAGAAGCGCUUCUACAAAUUUGACAAAGAGAGCAAAGGAUUCAUUACCAUGCUGGAUGUGCAGCAAGUUCUUGAGAAACUGAGCAUCCAGAUUGAUGAGAAUUCACUCCAUGAGAUCCUUAAUGAGGUGGAUCUGAACAAAAAUGGACAGGUGGAACUGGACGAGUUUCUGCAGCUCAUGAGCGCCGUACAGAGGGGCCAAAUCUCUGACAGUCGACUGGCUAUUCUGAUGAAGGCUGCAGAGGAGGGUCUGGACUCCAGAGGACCAGUGUCUGUAGACCGCAGUGGAGGUGGAGUGUAAGAGCUAGUCUGUAACUAGAACCUGGAAACUAUCGAAUAUUGCAAAAAAUCAACUCACUUUGUCUUGUAAUGUUUCAUUCUAUUUUAUGUUUCAUUUAAUAAGCCUGUUAGUCAUUAUUUAAUAUUGGUGUUAUUGCUCUAUGUUUUGCACUGAUAUACACUGUGGAUGCAUGCAGUACCAGGUGUGUUUCAUGCUGGUCAGUAGUUCUAGCGUGUUAUGACGCCUAUUCUGUAUUUUAACAGUUUUUAGGGUUUUUUAAUUUGGUGUUAAGAAUUACUGCUGUGCCAUGUGUACAUGUGCUAUUUAAUCAAUCUUCUUUGAUGCAAUUUGCCAAUCUUUGCACUUUCUGCAGAUUAACUCAAGUUUACACAUGCUGGUGUGUCCUUUUAUUUUUUAUUUAGGCUCUAUCCAAGGGAUCUGUAGAAUAAAAACGAGAAAUUUUUUUUAACAUUUUGCUGUACUGAGAAAAAAGCUCAUUUAUAAUGCAAGUUAAGUUUUAUCAGAAUAAAUAAUAAAAUAAGGCCAUUCAGUUAAAGCAGCGACAAAAUAUGUUAGCUCACUACUGCUGGGAUCCAGGGUUUGAAUCCCAAGCUGUGCCACUGACCAGUUGGGUGUGUAAAUACAGACAUGAUUGGCGGCCUUUCCUCAACUCCUCCCUUUCCUCAGAAAUAGCCAAUCAUGUCUGUGUAGAUGUGCAGCCGGCCAAUAGCGGGAGUGGGCUAGUGUAAUAGACCCUGUCGCCACCCAUGCACCUCUUGUAGACUUGCAUAGCCAAAAAUGCAUUGGCAAGACUUGUAUUAUAUAUAAGCCUAUAUAAGUAGGCUUUUAGUUUUAACGUUUUAAGUAAAAUAAAUUAAACAAAUGGUUGUGUGGUCUGUAAUAUUAUAUUUUGUACAAUAUAAUAUCUGAUAGUAGUACACCACUAAGCAGGCAUUACUAAAACAAUUUGCUGUUCCAAACUGGCUAUACCAACAACUGCCCCUUUUUCUUUUAUUGCCCUAUAGUAUUUGUAAAGAAUGCUGCAUAAGGCGCCCAGGUGGCGCAGCAGGAUAUUCCUCUAGCCCACCAGCGCAGAGAUUCCAAACUCCUCUGUUCGAAACUCGGCAUGGCAUAGAUUCUGCUAGGGCUGCAGCUGACACAUUUCUGCUAGGGCGGGAUGACCGGUGUAAGGACCCUAAUUAGCAGAUAGAGGCGCCUGUGCAGAAUCCAUGGGUGUAAAAGGGUUCCGCUAAGGGCUGCACACGGGUCGGAGGAGGCGUGAGCAGCAAUAUACUCACCUCGACUGCAAUCGGGGAUCCCCCAGCAGCGGAAGACAGAUUGACUAUGCUAAAUUGGGAGAAAUAUAAAAUAUAUAAUAUAUAAGUGGAAAAGAGCUGCAUAAACCUGCUUCUCCAUCAGCUACACUUACAUUACAUUUAUUUAAUAAAUAGCUUAUCCUGAAUUUAUUUUAUGAUAUACUGUAGUUUAAUGUUUCAUUUAAAGAUGUUAACUGCUGUGUUAAGCAAUGCUCUACCAAGACAAAUGAACAAACUUCCAUAGACUUUUAUUACUGGUUCAUUUUUAAAUGGACAGAUUUUUUUCAUUUUUUUCUCAGUAUAGAAAAUGUUUCAACGUUCUCGUUCAUGGUCAUUGCUAAGAACACUACAGAUCAAUAAAAAAAUAGAAUGCCUUUAUUUGUCAUAUAUAUAUAUAUACACAAGGGUUCUUCAAAGUGUUUCAGCACUUUUUAAAACUCUAUUAAGAAUUUCAAAAACAAAUGACAUCACUUUUCUACACAUUCACCUUCCGAUGCAUUUACCCAGCGUCGUACCAACUUUUUAAUGCCAUUAGCAAAUAAUGUUUUUGAUUGAGCGUGUAGCCACUGAUGCACCACUGCUUUCACAUCAUCAUCACAUGAAAAUCUUCUUCCCCUAAAGCUUCUUUGAGCAGUCCAAAAAGGUGGAAAUCAGAUGGUGCUAAAUCCGGACUAUAGGCUCUCUCUCAGUCUCUCAGACACGACCGAUUACUACUCCUCCCUUCCUCACCUUUUCCAACCAAAAUAUAAAAGUGCAGAAACUUUUUGAAGAUCCCAUAAUUAUACACGUGUAUAGUACAGUAAAAUUCUUUUUCCACAUAUCUGAGCUUGUUUUAAAGCUGGGAUCAGAGCACAGGGUCAGCCAUUGUAUGCAUGAGAGGGUUAAGGGCCCUGCUCAAGGACCCAACAGUGGCUGUAUGGCAAAGCUUUUCAAAUGAUAGCCCAAAGAGUAGACUGACUGUAACUUCAUCACUCCUACCAUUGUACUGUUAGCUUCCUACAUUUCUAAUGUAACAUGAUACAUAUUUAGUAUUUGUUCUGUAUGUUCUGCAAGAGUAUUUGAUUUAGGAAAGAGCUUUAUGUGUUUAGGAAAAUUAAAUGUUGGUGUUUAUACUGUAUUAAUGAUUUUGCCUGAAGACACUGUGGGUUUUUCUUUGUUCAUGUACAGUAUGGAAUUUAUUACAGAAGAAUAUUUCUUACAUAAUGAUUGUUUCACCACAAUGUUUUUAUUUGAUAGUUUGUUUCCUAGUGUUUCAGUUUUAACUCAUUGACAUUUUUAAAGAGAAACUUUGGUUGUAAAAGGGUAUACAAUGUAUUCUGCUGAUUUUUUCAUAUCCUAGCUGUAAGGAAUGUAUUAAAUGUGCCUUGUUUUAUACUUAAUGAGCAUACAUAAACUCAGCAUGUCGAAUGAACGCACAAAUAAACACAAUUUUUAACACAUCUUUUGAGUUUAUGUUGCUAAAUGUUGUUAAUAUUCACUGCUGUAUUAGAUUAUUUUAUUCAAAUAUUUAGUAGGUUUAAUCAGCAUUCUUAAGUUGAUCCAAGUUUUGUUCCACUGUUAUCUUGUAUCUUGCAUGCGUGAGUGUUAGUGGUUAAACUGAUGAUUUAUAAUUUGUUGUUAAAAAAUAAAUUUUCACUCAACAGAUAAUAAAAAGUAAAACCUG